AUGGGGAAGUCGAAAGGCGGCGCGGCCGCAGAGACGCCCUCGAAUGCCAAAGCGUUACGCGAAGAGCUAGAGAAUUUGAGCUGUCGAUUCAUUGUGAAUCUGCCUGCGAAUGAGCUUGCGAGCAUCGAGCGGAUUGGCUUCCAGGUCGAGCAGGCACACUGGUUCUAUCUGGACUUUUUGUGCCCGCUCAACGCCCAGCUGCCCGAGCUGAGUCUGCGUCGCUUCUCGGAGGAGCUUUUGCACGUCUCCUCGCUCGUCGUACCGCUUAUCCGGCUCUAUAUGGAAAAGGGGCCCAAGAGCUUGGAGCGGGCCUACAGCCAGUUUAUGGAGUACAAGACGCGCGUGCCGGUGUGCGGCGCGAUUAUGCUGAACAAGGACUGGACUAAGUGUGUGCUCGUCAAGGGCUGGUCCAAGGGGGCCUCGUGGACGUUUCCCAAGGGAAAGAUUAACCAACACGAGCCCGAGCGCGACUGCGCGCUGCGCGAGGUGCAGGAGGAGACGGGUGUGGAUGCCUCGCACCUGCUCCCGGUCGACAGCCGCGACUAUCUCGAACUGACGAUGCGCGAGCAAAAGGUGCGCCUGUACAUCAUCCCGGGCCUGCCGGAAGACACCCCGAUGGAGACCCAGACCCGCCGCGAGAUUUCGCGCAUCGAGUGGUUCCUUCUUUCGGAGCUUCCCACCGCGAAAAAGGCGGCCAAGCCCAGCGCCGAACUCGGCGGCAAGUUUUUCCUCAUCUCGCCGUUCGUCACGCGCCUCCGCCAGUGGAUCCAGGCGAACAAGCGGACGCACCCGCACAAGCCCCCGCCCCAGCCCAAGGCUGCGCCCCCGCCCAAGGCGCAAGAGCAGGGCGAGAGUGUAAGCCUCGACGCGCUCUUUGGUGCGCCGCGGCCGCAGCAAGUUCCCGGCCUGAUUUCGCUGCCGCCGAGUGCGCAGAAGCAGAUCCACGCCUCGCAGCCGACGCAGAGCCCAGGGCCGUCGAUGGAAAAAAGCCAGGCAUCGUCGCAGGACUCGAGCAAGCUCCUGCUCAACCUCCUGCACGGCUCCAAGCCCGUGCCGGCGCCUCCGUCGGCUGCCGGCCAGAACCGCGUCGACGGCUCAGACGCGCUUCGGAACUUGUUUGGGCUUGGCUCGCACAAUGUGACGACGACGCUGCAGCCGCCGGCGGCGCAAAACAACGUCUCGCAGCAGGAGCACCAGGCGCAGCUGUAUGCGAUUCUAGGCAUGCCCAGGGGGCAGCCGCAGCAGCAGCAGCAGCAGCAGGCCCCGCAACAGCCACAACCGCCUUUGCAGCCUCCGCCGCCGCCUGCCCACGCGCCGUGGGGUAUGCCGCCCCAACCUGUGUCGCAGCCUGAUCGGAGCGCCGAGGCAUCCCAGGGCGACGAGCAGCGCAACCGCCUCUUGAGCUUGCUGGGCGGCUCCAAGCCCAGUGCGCCACAGCCGCAGGCAGCGCCACAGCCGCCGCAGCCGUCGUUCCACGCACCGUCGUCCAUGGCCAUGCCACCGAUGCCCCACAUGCCGAUUGCCCCGCAUCAGCCGCCCCACGCUCCUUCUGCGCACUUCCAGCGCCCGGCCGUACACUACGCGGAGCCUGCGCCCCCAGCGCCGGGCCACGCGGCGUGGCCGAGUGCGCCGGGCCCGCUUAGCCCUCCGGCACAGCACGCGCCGCAGUCGCAUCAGCAUGCGCUGCUGUCCACGCUGCUGGGCUCGCCCUCGAAUGCGCCUCCGCCGCGGCCGGCGCAGUCUUCGCCGUGGCCGCAGCCUGCCACGCCGCAGCACACGUCUUCGUCGCCGUGGCCGGGCCACGCGAUGCCGCCGCGUGCCGAGGCGCCGCCGACCCCGCAACACCCUGCUCUUUCUCCGCAGCUUAGCGGUGCACCGCCCGGCGGCAACUCGGCCAACCUGCUGACGAUUCUCAACGGAUCCGGCGGCCAGCCCGCGAACGACGCGCCGACGUCGCCGCCUUCCAGCGCCCCACGUCCGGAUGCGCAGGCAGCGUCCAACUCGCUGCUGGCGACCCUAUUGGGAAAAUGA